AUGGAUGGCACCCCUGCAGGUCGAGGCGUGGAUGGCACCCCUGCAGGUCGAGGCGUGGAUGGCACCCCAGCAGGUCGAGGCGUGGAUGGCACCCCUGCUGAUCAAGGCGUGGAUGGCACCCCAGCAGGUCGAGGCGUGGAUGGCACCCCUGCAGGUCGAGGCGUGGAUGGCACCCCAGCAGGUCGAGGCGUGGAUGGCACCCCAGCAGGUCGAGGCAUGGGUGGCACCCCAGCAGGUCGAGGCAUGGAUGGCACCCCAGCAGGUCGAGGCAUGGAUGGCACCCCAGCAGGUCGAGGCAUGGGUGGCACCCCAGCAGGUCGAGGCAUGGGUGGCACCCCAGCAGGUCGAGGCAUGGGUGGCACCCCAGCAGGUCGAGGCAUGGAUGGCACCCCAGCAGGUCGAGGCAUGGAUGGCACCCCUGCAGGUCGAGGCAUGGAUGGCACCCCAGCAGGUCGAGGCGUGGAUGGCACCCCAGCAGGUCGAGGCAUGGAUGGCACCCCUGCAGGUCGAGGCAUGGAUGGCACCCCAGCAGGUCGAGGCAUGGGUGGCACUCCAGCAGGUCGAGGCGUGGAUGGCACUCGUGCUGGACAGUUAUCUGUUGCACAUAACUCAGGCCAAGUGUGA